AUGAUCGCGACAUCUUCGAGCCGAACGUCAAAUUCGCAGUCCAAUAUCACCUGGGUGAUCUCGAGGUCACCGAGGAUGACAGACACGUCGGCAUCAGUCAGCACGUCAGUCGGUGCCGCGCCGUCGAGCUCGAAGCAGAAAUCCAAAUCGACAUCAACGUUGUUGAUCCUGAUGUCGCUAUUGGUAUCGCUAUCGUUGCUGCUGACAUCGACUGGCGAGAUGACGGCGUCCCAAUCCAACUCCUCCAGCUCAACAGAAUCCAGUGCGUCGAGCAGCACCAGAUCGUCCUUGUUGCUGCAGAUGUCUUCCAGCAGCCAGAGCGGAUCGACACACGACGCGACGGUGACGUCCGACAGCUCGUCGACGACACACACAUCGCGCGGGGACAUCUUGUACUUCUUCGUCGAGGUUGAGUACUGGGUGGUCGUGGUAUCCAGAAGACUCCGAGGUCGCUUCAUCGACGGCGUUUCCUUCACCGGUGUGGUUGUCGUUGUUGUCACAGCCUUCUGCUUGAGCUUCAUCUGA